AUGGUGAAGCUGGAGCCUGUCAAAAAAACCCAAGUGAGGUCAAUUGGCAAUAAUGCCUUCGAAGUGACUAGUGAAAUCCAAGAUUGGAAUGGAGACGAUGGAGAGAUUGUUGUAGAAUAUGGUCCGAAACCUGAUAAAAAAAGCUGUACCAAAAAAGAAAAAAAAUGUCGUAUUGUCUUAGAUAACCUCUACUAUUUAACAACAUACACAAUUAAGGUGUACGCCAUAAAUGAUAAUGGGAACCAAACAGAAAUAUAUAACAAAAACCAUGACACCAAAUACAAUGACAAAGCUGUUCUUGGAAUUCUGAGCUUUCUCAUCAUUAUCACGUCUCUCGCACUCUUGUUUGUCCUGUACAAAAUCUUCCUUUUAAAGAGAGAAAAAUCAAGGAAUGAGCAAGAACUGGACGACCUUCUUCCUACAAAUGCACUGCUCCAGGUGGAACCCAUGAGUGCUGAAGCUCUGCUGGAGGCAUAUAAGAGGAAAAGAGCUGAUAAGGGACGUCUGUUCAUGGAAGAAUUUCAGAUUCCAAAUGACAAAGAAUGCUGUAGUAUUAAGAAAAAAAUCUUCGAAUCCAACAAAUACAUUGCAGCUCAAGGACCCAAGGAAGAGACAGUUGGAGAAUUCUGGACAAUGAUCUGGGAGCAGAAGAGUUCUAUUAUUGUCAUGGUAACUCGUUGUGAAGAAGGAAAUAAGAACAAAUGUGCUCAGUACUGGCCCUCACUGGAGAGAGAAACGAUUUUCGAGGAUUUGGUUGUGAAAAUCAAAGGAGAGGAAACCUGUCCAGAUUACAUCAUCCGCCACCUGACCCUGAUGAACCGUAGAAAGAAAUCAGCAGAACGAGAAGUCACUCACAUCCAGUUCACCAGCUGGCCCGACCACGGUGUCCCGCCUUCUCCAGGCCUGUAUGACCCCUUUAAACUCCGCCGCAGAGUCAAUUCCUUAAAAAACUUCUUCAGCGGGCCCAUCGUCAUUCACUGCAGUGCCGGAGUUGGACGCACAGGGACCUACAUUGGUAUCGAUGCCAUGAUUGAGAGUCUGGAGGCAGAAGGACGUGUGGACAUUUAUGGAUAUGUGGUGAAACUUCGCCGCCAAAGAUGUCUCAUGGUCCAAGUGGAGGCCCAGUACGUGCUCAUCCACACGGCGCUGAUCGAGUACAGUCAGUUUGGCGAGACGGAAAUGUCACUCUCAAACUUCCACUCGGAGGUCAACAUACUCCGACAGAAAGAGGGGAACGAUCAGUCUUUAAUAGAGAUGGAGUUUCAGAAACUUCCCAAAUUCAAAAACUACAGGUCGUCCAACACGGCGCGUUCUGAGGAGAACAAGAAUAAAAACCGUUCUUCUAUCGUGCCAAACGACUUUAACAGAGUCCCAAUUAAAGUGAAUGAUGAAGCCAGCCAUGACAGCGAGGCUGAGGAUGAGUAUGAAUAUUCCUCAGAUGAAGAUGAUGAAAUCCCCACCAAAUACAUCAACGCCUCCUAUGUGGAUGGAUACUGGAGCUCGGGUAGCUUCAUUGCUGCACAAGGACCAAUGCCUGACACGGUUGUGGACUUUCUGCACAUGCUUUACCAGAAACGGGUUAAGACUGUGUUCAUGCUCACUGACUGCACUGAGAAUGAAAAAGAGUUCUGCUCCCAGUACUGGGAUGAUGAGAAGAAAACAUUCGGUGAAUUAGAGGUGGAGGUCAAAGAGACUGAAAACUGUCCUACGUAUGUCAAGCGGUGCCUGGAAAUACAGCACACAAAGAGGAAAGACAGCCACACGUUGGAGCAGUACCACUUCCUGAAAUGGGCGGGGCACGAGCUGCCACCCAACCCUCUCGACCUGGUCGAAAUGAUGAGGAAAGUCAGACAGGACAGUGAUACAAAGAACAGUGACGUUCCCAUUGUAGUACACUGCAAUGAUGGUUCUUCACGCUCUGGAGUCUUCUGCGCCUUGUGGAAACUCCUGGACGCCGCAGACACGGAGAAACUGGUGGACAUCUUCCAGGUGGCCAAGGACCUGCGCAAGGCUCGGCUAGGCGUCAUCAACAGCUUGGUGAGCUUUCGAACUUCAUAUACAGGCCAAAAUCCCAAAUACCAAAAUAUAAUAAAAAAAUUUAAAAUAAAAUAAAAUAAAUAUUUGCAAAAGUUUGUUAUAAUGUCACAGUAUAAAAAUAUAAAACUGUGCACUCAUUUGUAAUCAUCUAUCUAUUUUGGAUAAUUGUUUAAGUUAAAACUAUUCCAAUAAAUCUUGGUCAUUAUUUUUUUUUUAAAUCUUGACCAAAAUUGUAGCAGAAAAUUAAAAAGUUACAUUCAUAAUAAGUGAUGUCAUUCAGCAGGGUGCUAGACUAUGGAUCUCCAGAAUAGGCAAUUUUUUCCCCUAAUUUCUUCGCUUAUUUUUCGAAAUCAUUUACACAUUUUGGUUAACUUAUGAAAACCAUAAAGCACAACUCA